UAAAGUUGGCCAAUGAUUCCUCAUAAGACAACAAAUAACAUGCUAAUGUGUGUAAUUGUAGGUGUCCCCACGAUAUGCGAGCAAAGGACACAGAGAGUAUUAAAUUAUUUUAACCCUUCACAUUACAUUGUGAAUUGGUCACCGAUCGUUCUCAAAUAAAGUUUGUUGAAAAUCUCUUCUAGUCCUUCCUGUUUGCAAAGAUGGAGGCAGAGGGAAUAUUGGCCCCGCUGUCACUCUCUGCUAAGUUUGAGGGGUCCUUCGCCUAUCUGACUGUGAGAGACCGACUCCCAACCAUACUCACAAAAGUGAUAGACACGUUACACCGCAAUAAAGACAAUUUCUUCAAAGAAUAUGGAGAGGAGGGGAUCCAGGCAGAGAAGACGGCCAUCUCCUUCCUGUCCAAGCUGAGGAAUGAACUGCUGACAGACAAACCUGUGCUGUCUCUGACUGAUAAGGCUGAGGACUCCGAGGCCUGGAAUGAAUACAUGCGAAGACAGCAGGACCUGAUGGAAGACGGGAGCCCUGUCAGCUGGUUCAAGUCACCAUGGCUCUAUGUGGAGUGUUACAUGUACCGGAGGAUCCAAGAGGCUCUGUAUAUGAAUCCACCGAUGGAUAAGUUUGACGUGUUUAAGGAGGGAAAAACGCAGAGCUUCUUCGAAUCUCAACAAGCCAUUAUAUCCCUCUGUACAUACCUUCAGGAGCUCAUCACCAACAUGGAGAACAUGACUGAGGUUCAGCUGCGAGACAACUUUCUCAAGUUACUCCAAGUCUCUCUGUGGGGAAACAAGUGUGAUCUGUCCAUCUCUGCCGGUCAGGACAACUCUCAAAAGUCCAGUCCCAUCGAUUCUCUUCCUGAUCUCCAGCGCUUCAUCCUAGUGGAUGACUCCAGCAUGGUUUGGUCUACGCUGGUUGCUGCUCAAGGAGCCGGAUCCUCUGGGAUGAAGCAUGCCAGAGUGGACAUUAUUUUAGACAAUGCUGCUUUUGAGCUCGUUACCGAUCUAGUCCUUGCUGACUUUCUUGUUUCUGCCGGACUAGCCAAGCAAAUCCGAUUUCAUGGCAAGUCCAUCCCGUGGUUUGUCUCAGACGUCACCAAACAAGACUUUGAGUGGACCAUCAUGCAGACCAUGGCAGCCAAUCACAAGUGGAUGUCAGCCAGUGGUGUCCAAUGGAAGCAUUUCAUGAAGGAGGGUACAUGGUCCUACCAUGACCACUCUUUUUGGACCUUGCCCCAUGAGUUCUGUGAUAUGGCAGUGGAUGCAGCUGAUCUCUACAGCACUCUCCAGGGCUCUGAUCUGAUUCUCUUCAAAGGAGACCUUAACUACCGGAAGCUUACUGGAGAUAGGAAAUGGGAGCACAUGGUUGCGUUUGAUCAAGCGCUGAGGGGGUUCCAGCCUGCCCCUCUCUGCAGUCUCAGGACACUGAAGGCUGAUGUUCAGGUGGGCUUACAGCCAGGCCAGGCCGAGAAGCUCGGCUCUCAAGAUCCAGACUGGAUGACUAAUGGCAAAUAUGCUGUGGUUCAGUUUUCCAGUCCAUGCAGAGAACAGUAGGGUCAUUUUUAAAGAAAAGAGAGUUGAGCCAAGAAGAAAGAGAUGAAGGAAUUAAAUGCACUGAAGAUGCUGGUUUAGUUAUCGAUAUGCCAAACAAAUGUGUUGUUGUUUUAUAUUUGCUUGUAUAACAGUUAACAGUUGGUUGCAAGCAAAUCACGUAAUGAAUCCAACCGAUUCAGCAUAUCAAACAAUGAAAUUAAUCUUAAACUAAAUAAUGUCCUUGUUGACAAUCUUUUGAUUACAGUAUAAGAUUUUCUGUUUGCACUGCUGAUCUGUAUUGUGUUAGAAGUACAGUUACUUAAAAAUACAGAUGUAAACAUGGCAAAAAUCAUAAGAAUCCAUACAUGUUGUUUGGUAUGAUACACAGUAAAUAAAGAAGAUACUGAACCUGAAUUGUAACUUCUAGUUAAAUGCAAUUGACCAAAACACCUUCAGAAUAGUGAGAAAGGUAUAUUUCAGUGCAUUUCAGGCUAAAAAUGUGCAGUAUAUAGAUUUUUUUUUUCUUUCAGAUGUACUAAUUUAUGGGCUUUGCAUAGAGUGCAUAAUUGAAAAUAACCUAUUAAAGAGAACUUUUUUUAAUAAAACAAUUCUAGUAGGGUAAUUGCAACAUGGAAUUAAUGAGGGAACAGAAUGUAAAGGGAUUUGAAUUGCUGUCCAAUUAUUAUUAUUAUUUUUUAUUUUAAACAAAACACAAAUUCACAAUGAUUUACUAAUGUCAUCAUAAGGAAAUACAUUUGCUUUCUGGCUGGUAAAAAAUACUGGUCAUACAUAUCUCAGAGAAUUAUUGUUGUUUACAGUUUGGAUUGACUAGCACUCUUCAAAGCAAGUUUACAAGGUUUUCCAGUGUCUGUUGGGAUGGAAAUUGCACCAUGAUGAUUUAUUGUACCUUAUUUAUGAGCAUGCCGUUGCUGGAAACAGAUGUUAGUCAGGAUACCGUGUGUAUGUACUCGCACUUGUUAAAAUGAUAACUGUUCUGAAAAUUGUAUGCCACUGAAUAAAGUUUAGGGGAAAAAACUA